CAUAUAUAUUAGUCUCACAGCAAAAUGACUGACCAAGUAUUCUACAAUUGGUUAAGAACAUAGUAAAAGCAUCCUGACUGGUUAAUAAUUAAAAUCACACGUUUUAAUAUCACAUGCCGCAGAGAGCCGCAGGAGACACAUUAAAGAGCCACUUGCAGCUCCCGAGCCGCAGUCUGAGUAUCUCUGCUCUAGGUAUUUAGGUGCCCUUAACAUUUUCAAAACUGCCGCUCAGCUAUCGCCUAACCCCGUAGGUGCCCAAAUCCCCUAAACCCCUGCUGGACAGCAUUCACAAAGCGCUGACGCUGCCCUGCAGCAAACCAGCCAUUUGGACCCCUGGAAGUCCUGAAGCAGGAUUCUCAAACCAGGCAAGUAUCAGAGGGGUAGCCGUGUUAGUCAAACACGGCAACUUCAAACCAGGCAAGGGAAUUCCUAUCUUGCUGGGGGGCCUGAUCCUCUAGGUGUGCACUGAACACACCUACGACGUGCUACCUGUCAGACCCCACAGCCACAGUGGAAGUACUGGAUGCAAGCCACCGGUAGGACAGCACAUGCAAAAGAGAGUUGGUGGCAGAGGGAAAGAAGGACAAAUAGGAGAGGUACUGAGUGUGAGCCGAGUGGAAGGAGGCACCAAUCUCUGGCCCAACAGCUCGGGGCACCAAGUUAGCCAUUUAGGCUUCCAAAUCCCGCUCCUCUCCCCAGCAUUUCACUUCUGGCUACCAUAGGCAGCUCCCCACUCAGUUUGUGGGCUUCUGAGGAUCUCUUGCUUAGGUGCCUAAUUCUGCCCUAGGGCUGCCACCGCCAAGAUGCAAAAAAACCCCAAAAAGCGGCCACUGGCCACCGUACCACCACCAAAAAAGGCCCUAGUGCCGCUGGUGAGCUUGGGGUCCAUCCUGCUUCCCAGAGCCCUCAAGGGAGUCCCCCUACCUAUUCUCCCCAUACAUUGUAUGGGGAGCUUGGGCACCGAGGGCUGAGACCACUAGGCAGCAUGGCACCUAGGGGCCAGGCUAGGUGUUGCAAUGCUGAACAGAAAAUCUGGGCCAAAGUGGUUUGCCCAAGGUCACGCAGCAGGUCAGUGGCAGAGCCAGGAAUAGAGUCCAGAUCUCCUCAAUCCCAGCCCAGGGAAAGGCUUCUGUCCUCUGAGGCUCAUGCACCAGAGAUGAAGCUCUGAAGUGCAAAGCUCUCCCUUGCUGGCAUUGCAACACCAGUGCCAUCACGUAGAGACGCCAGCCCAGCCAGUCGGGGGUGCCAUUUGGUCGACAAAAUGCAUAGAUUGGUCAGGCAAGUUUGUAUCUUUUCCCUCUUUUUUCCCCAGCGGUAAUUGUGGUCUCUCUGGCGGAACCACAGAUCUCCCUUCCCUCCUCCAAGUUUGCAGUGAAUUCUAGAGCCUGCCACUUGCUGCUCCCUUCCUGGGCUGGGUGCUGGGAACAAGGCAAUCAGUCCUUUUUGUUUUUUCCUCCUGUUAAUCGGGCAAUCUGCUAAGUUAAUUAUUGACCCAGGCACCCAACAGAGAAACCUGAGCUCCCUGUGCUAAUUACCUCGGAGGAGCGGUCUCAGGCCUGGAGAGGCGUGUGGAUGAGACUCAGAAAAAGAGCCGUUAACUCAUUAAAACCAAGAAUUCCAAAAAGCUGCACCGAUGGCUGGAUUUAAAAGCCCCAGUGCACCCCUUGAGAUCUCCAUACAAUGCUCGCUCUGUUCUAAAGUUACUUUCCUGACCCUAGGCACACAUGGAGCGCUCAGAAUUCCAGGCUCUUCUGAAUGGAGUCACAACAGAGGGGUGGGGAGAUCUAUUUCACAUGCCUUCUGUAAGACUGAUCCUACCUUGCAGAUGAUAUUUCUGUGCCUUAGAAAGGUGCCGGUUAUCCUGGGAUGUGGGAGACAGGGUAGGGGAGCAUGUUGCAGACACACACAUUGGAGUGCGAUGUAUGUUGGAGUAGCAUCUGUAUUGCGGAAGGGAGUGUGUUGCACCUGGGGUUGUGGGAUAGUGUAGCAAAGGGGCAGGCUGAAAUGGCAUUGGUACACAUUGGUCACAAGACAGAUGCCAAAGGGAUGUUGCAGAAGGGGAUAGAGAACAAGAUAAGAACAGCCAUACUGGGUCAUACCAAUGGCCCAUUUAGCCCAGUAUUCUGUUGUCCAACAGUGGCCAAUGCCAGGUGUUUCAGAGAGAAUGAUCAGAACAGACCAUCAUCGAGGGAUCUAUUCCCUGUCGUCCACUCCCAGCCUCUGGCAGUCAGAGGCUAAGGACACCCAGAGCAUGGGAUUGCAUCCCUGGUCACCUUGACUAAUAGCCACUGAUGGACUGAUCCUCCAUGAACUUAGCUAAUUCUUUUUUGAACGCCGUUAUCAUUCCGGCCUUCACAACAUCCCCUGGCAACAAGUUCCACAGGUUGACUGUUUAUUGGAUAGCUUGUUGGAAACGUCCUGGGAGCACAGAGACGUGUGCAUGCUGGAGAGGGGUAUACAUCGGGAGUAUAGACGGGUCUGCCCAAUGCAGAGGAGUGCACAUGGAGAAUGCAUUGGGAUUGUGGGGUGCUGCAGAGGUACAUAUGUGCAACUCGAGUUCACUGGAGUUGGGAGCAGAGUGUGCUGGCUUUGAAAGUUACAGUGUGACUCCGGUCUAUUAGCCAAGUAAAGGGAGUUAAGAUGGUCCCUGACACAAAGCAUAAGUUACAGCAGCUUAGACGCCUUCUCUGACUUGGGCCUGAUGAGUGAACUGAUGCCGGUGAGACUUCUCACAGCAGCUCCCUUUGUCUGUCCAGCUCUGCACUCUCGCCCAGUGGCGUGACUGGCUUGAUGCAGCGUGGAUCAAGGAACGCCUUACAACCCCCACGUGCUGCAAUCUGUGUCAUAUGGCUCGUAAAUUCCUCUGCUCGUUCCCCCGGGCAGUGCUGCUGAUCAGUCAUGGCUCUGCAAACCCACCACCUCUGCUCUUCCUCAGUGUCAGCCCCGGUCUCCCGGGUUUCUCUCUGCUCAGCGCUAGGACAGGAAAGCCAGCCGCAGAGCGUCGGCCUCUGGGAAGGCAUCCAAGGAACUGCAGGAGUUGAACAAGCCAUCGCAUUGACAUCUUGGCUUUGUUUUGGAAACGGAAGAGCGGAAGGAAGCCAGCGGUGGAACAGAGACGCAGGGGGGGAUGGGACUGGUUUCCACAGUGUAACCAUUAGCCAGGAGAGGUGCCCGGUGUCCGCUGGGUGAGGUGGCUGCUUGGGCUAGAGGGAAGGAUGAUUAAUAACAGAUCUGUGGGGGGCUCACAGGGAAAAAUAAUUGUUUUCCACUGAACUGGAAUAGACAGAUUAAAGCUGCUUCCUGCUGCUGCAGAGUGACAGGAUGCUAAAUCAUGGGAUAACUAUGGGAGCAUAGGGCUCUCACCAGCUGGGGAACUCCCCCCUACCUGGCCUAUACGCACCACAGAGCCAGAGUCCAUUCCAGCUGGGUACAGAAAUCCAAUUCAGGUUCCCUCCCACCUCAGGGGCCUCUCUCAGGGUCUGUCUGACUGUCACAGCUGCCUUUUAAUUCCUUCCAGCCAUGGCUCUGCACGGAAUCCAGGCCCCCCUGCUUUUCAAAGCAACAUGCGCCCUUCCAGGGUCAUUAGUUGAGCCAGAGAGCUCCUGUUAUCUCCAGCUAACUUUCCAAGGUCUCUCUGAAUAAUCCUUCCUUCAGCUGAAAAACUCCCGUUUCUUUUUUGCCUUUCACUAAAGGCUCUUGAGACAUGUGAAGUUCAGUAUGCCCCCGCAUUGCUUUGCCUGCUACUGAAAUGCAGCUACCUCUGGGGUGGAACUGCUCAUCCCCCCCAGUAAAGACGGAAGGUCCUGUGCUUUCUUUUGAUGCCAUAUGUAUAUACAGUAAGCUCCAUAUCAGUUCUGUAAGGCAGUAAACGUACAUCACUAAGCACACAUUAUACAGGUUCUACAUAGCCACUCAAGUGUUCUGUAUGGGUCAAGGCACCAGACCAAUUCUGCAAUGCUACCAGGCACUAUAUAGGUUCUGUAUGGGAAAAGAAUCCAGGCACCAUGUAGGUAAAUGUCCCAUGUAGACCCCACAAGAGUUCUGGUUCCAAAUCGGUUUUGUUUGACCAGUUGGGCCUGGUCUGAAUAGAGGCACCAUAACAAGACUUCAGGUCCCACCUGAAAGCCCUCCAAGCAGCACACGCAGAGGCACCAGCCUGCCCCAUUAACAGUCCUAUCCCCUCUCACUUUAGUUUUGUUUCAGUUCUCGCUUCCUGCUGAUGUCCCUGCCGAGCCCGACAUGGCCCCGGAGAGACAAACCUCCCUGCAGUGGGACACUCACUGGCCUCGCACCCACCUCCUCUUCGGACAGUGACUCCGGCUGCGCCCUGGAAGAGUACCUGGAACGCGCAGCAGACGCUGCCCCAGCAGAGGUAUCUUCGUGCUUCAAGGCUCCCUCAGCGGACAGGGUGCCUGCUGCCACCAGGAGCCAGCUCCGCAUCAAAUCUCUCCUUCAGCAGCUGCCCCCGCAGGACUGCAAUGACAGGUACUGCCCUGGCCUUGGGGAGGAGGAGAGGAGACAACUGCAAGCGUUCAGUGCCCGUCGCAGGCAGGAGUCACUGGGGCAGGGAUUUGCAUGCCUUGUGCCCUCUGCCCACCUUUGUGAAAAGUGCGGCAGGAGGUUGAACACAGGGGACCUGGGGGUUUUUGCAUCCAGGCUGGGGGACCGGUCCUGCUGGCAUCCCUCCUGCUUUGUCUGCCACUCGUGCCACCAGCCUCUGGUUGACCUGAUCUACUUCCACCAGGACGGGAAGCUCUACUGCGGCCGACACCACGCGGAGUUCUUCCGGCCACGCUGUGCCGCAUGCGAUCAGCUGAUCUUCACAGACGAGUGCACAGAGGCAGAGGGCAGGCGCUGGCACACGGAGCACUUCUGCUGCCUGGAGUGCGACCUGCCUCUUGGGGGACAGAGGUAUGUCAUGAAGGGCGGCAGACCCUGCUGCUGCAGCUGCUUCGAGAGCCUCUACGCGGAGCUCUGCCAGGCCUGCGGCGAGCUCAUCGGUGUCGACAGCGAGCAGGCCACUCACCAAGGCCGGCACUGGCAUGCCCGGGCCUCUUGCUUCUGCUGCAGCCUCUGCCAGAAACCACUGCUAGGACAGCCGGUCACGGCCCAUCACAGCCUCCUCUACUGCUCCGAGGCCUGCAGCUUGGAGAAGGCAGCGGCGUCCUCCACAGCCUCGGACUCGUCCGACUCCGCCUUCAUCUCGGCUCCGUCUCCUGACUCGACGCCAGUCUCCAGGGCCAGCAGCGAGGGCGGCAGGAAUGCCCCUCCGGCUCCAGUAAUGGGUGGCGAUUCCUGUCAACAGAGGGCAGAGGCGGAGGAGAUGGAGGACUCCCCUGAUCAAGCCUCCACGCACCCCGCAUUCAGAAGCCAGGAUGGCCACGGGACAGCAUUUAAGGAGAGGAGUAAGGGAACUCCCUGUCCCAGUGCGCUGGCACAAGCAGCUGCCGCUCCCCCGGGGCAGGAACGAUCCUCCACCACCCUGCCCAGUGAACUGGGUCUGAAUGGACCUGGGGCCUUGGGCGACCAGCUCCCUGGGAGGCUCAGGCCUCAGCCAGGCGGUGGAGCCCUGCACUUUAGAAUUGGUUCAUCCACCGACCCCAGUAUGGCUGCACGACAGAGCCCGGGCCCAUCGCUCACGGGCGCCCGCCCACCGGACGUCAUGGAGGAAGAAGAUUCCUGGUGCCCAACCUGCUCUUCCUCCUCGGACUCAGACUCGGAGCAGGAGGGCUUCUUCUUUGGGAAACCGAUCCCGAAGGCUGAGCCGGCCCUCCCUGGCAGAGAACGGAGUGGCCUUGGGAGGGCGGCAGGAAGGAGCAAGCACUUGGCCAGGCUGCGAGGAAGCCGCAAACACUGCAGCAUUUCCUAGCAGGGGGAAGGCUGGGCAAAGAGCAAGGGCUCCCCAGGCAGCAUGGAAAGGACAGAAAGGGGGUGGACGGCGGGAGGAAGAACUUGUUACUUAGCCAAGUGUAUUUAACCAGAGGGUCCCCCCCAGCAGACGAGAAGUAGCCCCAUGAUGAAGAACAAGUACAGCAAGUCGGGGAGGGGAAGGCAGACAGCCCUUAGGGGACACAGACAUCCCCUCUCUUACCUCACACCCAGACAUGGGAAAAGACAAACCAGCCAACUCUGUUUGUUUUCCAGAGCCCCUUGUACUGUGAAACUCAGGGCGGGGUUGUUUACACAGCAAGGCUGCCUACAAUCCAAAUCUUUCCACUGCCCCAUCGUAGGUUUUCGCAAGCACUGGAGAGCUCAGAGGGGCAGGACAUAGGCGGCAGAGUUUGGCUGCUCCGCCAAAGGGGAACUUUUGCUCUCAGGACCUCCGUGCUGAGAAUCUCGUUCAGACUGGGGGUGGCCUGGCCCCUUUCGCCAGCCCACCGGGACCGAUCAAAGAUGGACACCGGAUCCUUCAGCUCAGGGUCGAGUGCAGCUUUCUCACCCGCAGUGAAAGCUCUGAAGGAGGAUGACUGGACUUUGGAGAGAGAAGGAGGGUUUUGAAAUCCCAGAACCAAACUGUAAGCAGGGCGGGGGUGGGGAGGGGCAGACUGUGAAUGUGCCGGGGGAUUCCAGGGAUCAGUUCCUAAGCUUCACCAAUAAAGCUCAACACAGA